CGCAAGCUGCGCUGCGCUGUUCUGAGGCUGAUGUUAGGCUUUCGGCCUUGAAGAGACGCCGUCGCCGCGGAGUUGGUUGUGUUCCGAGCUGGCCGCCGGGAGUGGGCGGCGGGUGAGUGGGCAUGAACGUCUGUAGGGGAUGUGCUGCUGUCUGCGGCGAGCAAACAUGAAUGUUGGAGUUGCCCACAGUGAGGUGAAUCCAAAUACCCGUGUAAUGAAUAGCCGGGGUAUGUGGCUGACAUAUGCAUUAGGAGUUGGCUUGCUUCAUAUUGUCCUACUCAGUAUUCCCUUCUUCAGUGUUCCUGUUGCUUGGACCUUAACAAAUGUUAUACAUAAUCUGGGGAUGUAUGUAUUUUUGCAUGCAGUAAAAGGAACACCUUUUGAAACUCCUGACCAGGGUAAAGCAAGGCUCCUAACUCAUUGGGAACAACUGGACUAUGGAGUACAGUUUACAUCUUCACGGAAGUUUUUUACAAUUUCUCCAAUAAUUCUAUAUUUUCUGGCAAGUUUCUAUACGAAGUAUGAUCCAACUCACUUCAUCCUAAACACAGCUUCUCUCCUGAGUGUGCUAAUUCCUAAAAUGCCACAGCUACAUGGUGUUCGGAUCUUUGGAAUUAAUAAGUAUUGAAAUGUUUUGGAAUGGAACAAAAUUUUUACAGCUACUGAGUUUUCUGUAAGAAAGGAGUGGUUAGUAAACUGCACUGUUUCCAUGAUAAUGUGAAAUGAGAAGUAUUUACAUUGGAGGGCCAGUUGCUGGUUCUUCAUAUGCUGUUUUGAAGUGCAGAUACUUACUAGAAGAUGCCUCUGUGUAAUGCAUGUGGUAUCUUUCUGAAGAGAGGCUUUAUAGGCAGGCUGGGCAGGCCCAGCUUAUAAGUUAAAUGGCUGUAAAGUGAGGGUAUAGUAGUAGAUAAAUCCAAGGAAAUAAGAGAUUUACAAGACACCAAGACCAGCUUGGCUUAUAAUAAGUGGGCAUUAUGUUAGGAGAAGAAAAUUUCCAGUCAGUCCGUUUAAGCAGACAUACAUGUAAACCAGAAUCAUCUCUUUACAAGUUUAUUAUAGAUCAUUUUUAUUACCAUAUGUGUUCCUUUUAUGGUAUAUAAGAGGAUAUUUCCCUCUUGUUUUAUACAAAGCAAUCCCUACUUUGUGAUUGUGCAUUUUUGGUUUUGCUGGCUCAACAUUGUAUUGAAGGAUGAAGUCAUUUUUACAUUUAUUAAGUUACUGAGUUCAUGAAAGUCCACCUUCAUGACUGGUGAUAAGACAGCCAGGCAUCUUAUAAACAGCCUCUGAGUCAGCCUUCUAAUUUUGGAGCAGAGUGGGUUUUGCUGCCUUUCUAGACACAAGGCUGCUAAUCCAAUUAAGAAAAUAAUUUAUUUCACACAGUUAAAAUAUAUGGUAAUUUAAAGCUGUCUGCUUAUUUGGUUGAUAAUCUAAUUGUUAAAGUCUGCUAUUGUUUAGAAAAGGAAAAUAAAAUGGACAACUAUUUUAGCCAACCUGUGGUCUGGCAGAAACUGCUUCUGUAGCAGUAGUACCAAAGUAAAUAAUGGAGUCUUCUUUAGCGGGAUUGUAGUAAAAGACAACAUUGUCUUUUCUUACACCCCCUGCUCUCAGUCCCCAUAUUUUGCCCAUUAAUGUUUUGCCUUUCAAUACAUGGAUCUUACUGUAGAUUAAGCCAAAGUGGUAACUGUUUCCAAAGCAGCAACCAUAUUGAAAUCUUGUGACAUUAAUUGCAAGAAAUAACUACUUUGAGAAGGAAACAUGUCAAAAACAAAGUUCUGAUACGGGAUGAAACUGAAAAAUCCAGUAAUAUUUGUAAACAAAACCGAGUGAAAAGAGUUAUAGACCAACUGAAAAAUCAAUUUGUUUCAUUCAAUAAACUGACUUUCGGGGGGUAAUGAUCAUUGUUUUGUAUUUCAGAA